AUGGCCAAAGGCAUCGCAGCUUUGUUGACCCUUCUGGGUGUCGCGUUUGCCCAGAUCGACAGAACCUGUAUUGACAUUGCCUUCAACUCUGAAACAAACACGUUGUCGGGUAAAUGCCAGCCUCGCGAUAACUCAGGCUACAUCCCCUCCGAGCUGGACCUCAACGACUGUUUCGGCUACGACGGCACUACCAUUACACCAACUUAUCAUGGAAACUUUGCUGAAAGCUGUCACGGAUGCGAGAUGUUUGUAGCGCCUGAUCCGUGGUAUGGUGGUGCGGAGUAUUGGAUCAGAUGCACUUGUGAGGGACAGAGUGAAAAGGUCGCUGUUCCUCUGGAAGCCGCAGUUGCACAUGAGUAUGUGUCCAACAAGGAUGGCCACUUGCUUUGUUGA